AUGAAGUCCGACGUCCACCACUCUAUCACCCAUCAUCCUUCGGCGAUCCAAAUGCACUACGUGGACCGCGAACGUCAACGCAGCCAGUCAAGGGCUUCGGCCCGGAACGCCUCGCACAGCACCGGUAUCGAGCACAGUGCCCCGGACGAGGAGCACGAUCCCGUCGCCCGCCACAACUCCCAGCCCACAUUAACAGACGUGGAGAGUCAACUGACCGCUGGUCGUGCUGCCUUGCCACUCAACGGCGUCAGCUUGGAGAAUGACCCUUACGGCCUGUCCCUGGCCUACAAGACCGAGUCAGACCUCGCCAAAAUCAAAGCCAACACCUCGCGCAAGAGAGAUGUGGGCGCCACCGGGCACAAGGGUCCCAAGGUCAGGAAACGCAAGAUCCAACGCUUCUACGAAGAUCAAAACGCUGCGAUUGAGCGGAUGCUGAAACCCGUGGAGGACCACCUCGCCGAUUCCAAGCAGGAGGCGGGCGAGGAGCAGCUCAAGCUCAGGAUCGCUGUCUGGGGCUCGUUCAUUGCCAACAUCUGCUUGUCCAUCCUCCAGCUAUACGGUGCCAUCUCAUCGGGGUCCCUGUCCCUCUUCACCACGGCAGCCGACAGUGUAUUUGACCCGCUCAGCAACUUGAUCCUCAUUGUCUCUUCGCGCGCGGUGGCCCACGUGGAUGAGCGUCGCUUCCCGGCUGGCAAGGCUCGCUUGGAGACGGUGGGAAACAUCACGUUCAGCUUCAUCAUGGUGAGCGUGUCGUUGAUCAUCAUUGCCUUUUCAUGUCAGGAGUUGAGCCAGGCAGAUGAGGGUAAAGCAUUCCAUCUGCCCGCCGUUCUUGCGGUGGCCGUGGCAUUCGCGACCAAAUUCUGUCUGUUCAUGUACUGCUGGUCUCUCAAGAACAAGUACAGCCAGGUCCGAAUCUUGUGGCAGGACCACCGCAACGACCUAUUCGUCAACGCCUUUGGUAUUUUGACGUCCGUUGGUGGUUCCAAGCUGAUGUGGUGGCUCGACCCGGCAGGCGCCAUCAUCCUCUCUGUGGUCAUCUCAGCGAUAUGGCUGCGCACUGCCUUUGCCGAGUUUUUGCUGCUUGUUGGCGUGUCGGCCGACACCGAGAUGCAGCAGCUGAUCACGUACGUGUGCCUCACGCACUCGGAUUCGGUGCUGGGUAUCGACACGGUCAGAGUGUAUCACUCGGGUCCUCGUUUGAUUGCCGAGGUGGACAUAGUGAUGGAUCCUGAGGGAACCAUGCGCGAGGCACACGACGUGGCCGAGGAGCUGCAGUUCAAGCUGGAGGGUCUGCCCGACGUGGAGAGGGCCUACGUCCACAUUGACUACGAGACGACGCACAAGCCAGAGCGCGCGCUCAAGAAGGACUUGUAG